CAUUUUGGCCCAAGUAUUUUUUGUUGGUUGCCGAGCACACUUCUGUCUCUCACCCAGACCCUUGUGUUCGGUAUCUUCCAUACCUCUCUCUCGCAUCACGCGAGUCUGCCAUUCCUGCGCACUGGGAUGCGCAUUGUCGUGAAGGACACCUUCAUCGAAGUUGUCGAGGAGGACAGCAGCCAGUCUGUGGAGAAGCUCGUAAAGAGGGCUUUCUCGACGCCAGCCGCGCCGACCAGGAGGGACGAACCUCCCUGGAGCAGGCAGGAGAGGGAGGUCGAGCGCCUUGAUGGCUCCCCUGACGUGGACAAGCAGGCGAAAGAGGUGGAAGGCCAGGGGGGGCACACGCCAAAGACGACGGUGGCAAUCAGAAAUGUCCCUAUCCACAUCACGCGCAGCCAGCUGCUGCAGCGCCUCGACUUGUGGGGCUUUGCGGGCCAGUACGACUUUCUUUAUCUGCCGAUCGACUUUGCGAAAUUCCAGAAUUUCGGCUACGCCUUCGUCAAUCUCACGACACAGCAGCACGCACAGCGCUUCCUGGCCGAGUCCGGCGGCCUCAGCUGGGGCGAGCACGGCGAGGGGCCGCUCGUCGUGAGCUGGAGCCUGUCCCAGGGCCUGGAGGAGCACAUCGACCGCUAUCGCAACAGCCCGCUCAUGCACGAGAGCGUGCUGGACGAGUGCAGGCCGAUCCUGCUGCGGUGCGGCGUGCGCGCGGACUUCCCGCCGCCCACCCGGAAGCUGCACCGCCUCCGCCGCCUGCGCACCCGCUGCGGCUCGCCCGGGUCGGGAGGCCGCGGCGUCUCCACGCGCGGGCUCGCCGCGGGCUGCCUGCUCAUCCCCGGGCUGUCCCGCGCCCCGGGCGGUGCGAGCGAGGAGGCGGCCCUCACGGCCAGCCCACUCCUCGCGGGCCUGAAGCGCACGGGCACGGAGGCCUCCGCCGCGGUCCCCGAGCAGAGGCGGCGCGAGAGGGCGCCCAAGGCGUGCGGCGCGCCUCCCGCCGCCGCCGCGGCGCCGGCCCGGCAGAGGACCGCGUGGGCAGACCUCAGCGACGACCUCGACGAUGGGCUGAGCGAGUGCUCCACGCAGAUGCCAGGCUCUGGAGGCUACUCCAGCGGCGCCGCCUCCUCAGACGUGCACGGCGGCUCCUCGGGAGACCCAGCGACCGAGCGGCGCGCCCCUGGCAGCUCUGACCAGCCGUGGCUGGGCACGACGCUCGCGCCGGGCCUGAGGCCAGCGCCGCCCGAGGGGCAGCCUCCUCUCGGCCUGCCUGUGCCUGGCUCGCUCGUCAGGGUGGUCGGCGCUUGCCCAGCAGGCGCGCGGGCCGUCGUCACUGCUGUCGACCUCGAGGAGGGCACCUGCACGGUCCAGGUUGUGCACAAGGGCGGCCGAGACCUCCGUCUGAGGACAAUGAGGUGCGAGCACGUCCGGCUUCUGCAUCACGGAGAAGUGCGUCAGUCUUAAAGUUGGCACGCCGCCCGUGCGCCAUAAGGUCACGACAGUCUUUGUGGAACACUAGGGGUGGAACGUGCUUGGAAAGAACAUGUGGGGAGGGGGACACGAACAUGGGGGGUCUUUCGGCGCGUGUGCGUUACCGCUUGUGGAACAAAUCGCUUAAUGAGGUCAGUGAAGCGGGAUAUGCGUGGAGAGUAUGGGUUCCCGCUCCACUGUUUCGAGAGGCUUCGUUUAGUGGAUGCCAGUAUCACUGCGCUAUCGAACCGCUUUUGGAGCCAUAGUGCUGUUCUUGGAAACACAUGGCUCGGUACCAGGGACCUGGUGCAGCAUACAGUCGCAGAUGUUGCAGCCCGCUUCGUAUGUGCUGUAGUAACACUCCUUUCGUAGGUGCAGUGCUAUUUUUUCCCCCUAGUCACACAUCCGGACCCCCACCCUCGUCCCAUGCUACUUGCUCUCUUGCUAUUGCUCCUUCCCCCAUCCUUUUUCCGCUCCUGCGAGGGUCAUUCGGAGACGUUCGUUUCACGCUGGAAGGUCACAACAAGCAUUGUGGACAACUGUUCGCGAAACAAAUUUUUGUAUGAGGUCAAGUGUAGCGGGAUAUGCGUGGAGAGUAUGGGUUCCCGUUCCACUGUUUCGAGAGGCUUCGUUUAGUGGAUGCCAGUAUCACCGCGCUGGAAUCCGACCGCCUAUGGAACCAGAGAGCCACGUGGCUCGGUACCAGGGACCUGGUGCAACACACUAUCGCAGAUGUUGCAGCCCGCUUCGUAGGUACUGUAGUAACACUCCUUUCGUAGGCGCAGUGCUGGUUUUCCCCCUCGUCACACAUUCGGGCCCGCUCCCUCGUCCCAUGCUCCUUUCCUUCCUGCUCUUUGCUCCUUCCCCCACCCUUUUUUCCGCUCCUGCGAGGGCCAUCCGUAGACAUCCGUGCCACGCUUUGGUUCUCGCACGCAGCGCAGGCCUCGACGCAGCCACUAGUGCGUCUGUACGCUGUUAUGCGAGCGGGCAGAUUUUUGCUUGGUGGCGAGUGCGGAGCCUCCUCUUGCGGGACCUUCUCGUGGGCCGCCUGCAGAUGGCAGCCAGGGGCUCCAGGGGCUUUGGGUAAAGUGAAAGUUCCAGCGUGGCAAGCUGCUACAACAUUGUACAUUAUCAUUGCUGAAUAAGGUCUCGCACAUGUUCUUCGCGGAAGGCCCCGAUCGCUCUUUGUACAGGCUCAGGCUCACUUUGGCAUGUCAAAGUGCGCAAUGACUUCUCCCGCACGUGCCCGAUGACGAUUUUGGUCGUCGCCAUGCCCCCCAACUCGGCGUGGUCUGUGGUGCGCUGGCCAGGGCUUCUCCACAUAGAUGCUGGCAUCCUUGCGCAGCACACGUGUUGGAGUGAUUUCGGCUCGCAGGCCUGCGGUCUGCGCGCGCGGUUUGGUGCGGCAGCCGAUCAGAGCGUGCCGAAAGACUGCGUUUUUUGGUCGGCGGCGUGCAUUCGGAUCGCGAUGCCCUGAACGACUUCGACCUGCACGGUUGCGGUGCGCGGCGCGGUUCGGUGCGGCGACCGAUGGGCCGCGGAAGAUGUGCUUAACUAGGCCCUCUGUAGGUGAGGGAAACGGCGCCGUCUGAAUUGGGUCAACGGGUCGGGGGAAGACGCACCGCGGAUGGGGGGCAGGGGGGGGUCGCCCCUCCCCCCCCCGUCGGGUAAACCAGCGGCGCGCCUUCGCUUUGCUGGCAUCCGCCUUCAAAAGCGUGACCCUUGUGCUUCCAAUGUGAUGGGCGGGCAUGCCCUUGUAUAUAGAGUCAUCCGGCAUCGCAAGCCCAAUCUUUGGAGCGUGUGGCAGGCAUGGUUCUCAACAAAGCAUAGUUCAUCCGGCGGGUCAGCCUCAAUUGCAUUCUUCCGACGCCAGCCGAUGUCCUUCCGGAUAUCAUGCUCUCGCACUAUAUUUUCGAUUUACUUCCUUGGCCGGCCCCAGGCGUAGGCGCCGUGUCAAUGUUUAGGUGUUCUGGCCAAUUGUCAAUGUUUGGCCCACCCCCAGCGUUGCACCUGUCGUGACGCCUGACAGGUGCUGCUCAGACGGUCAGCCCUUCCAGGUUGAGCGCAGAGCCCGUCUUUGCGUAGGAGGCUUCUCAGGGUCGGGCUUGGGCCCAUCAGGUCCGCUCAGGAGUUGAGACAUGGGUCAGGCUCACACACUCGUUUUGCCCCCGCCGCCCCGACCUCCUUCCCCUCUGAUCGUUGCACGCUUCGCGUCGGCCCACACCCUUGCCGAGAGUGGCAGAACUUGUUCAUACACUGUGCUGCGGCUCUGCUUCGAAAUCGAGGGCGU